ACCACCAUCACCACCACCACCACCACCACCACCACCAGCGCUACCUUCUCCUGCAGUGAACGUUAUAUAAGCCAAAGCCAUUCACUGAUACUCUCACUUCACUCCCAACAAGCAUCCAAGAUGCUGGUCAGGGUACUCUUGGGUGUCCUGGCUGUGGCUUUGGUGAGUUCAGAGCCUUUAUUCCCAGUGCCCAUACCCGUCCCCUACAAGUCACCCUCCUCCAGUGACUCCAACAACCACAGAACACCAAGAAGUGACUACACAGCCACGCAACAUGGCCCGAGCAGCACCGCCAGCACUGCCAACGACUUCUUCUCCUCCAUCAUACGACUUGGCCUAAGGAUACGUGACACCGCCCGGGCUACUUUUGGCUACGGUGACAGUACCAGCAGUGGCUAUGAGCAUGAGGCGCCCAAUAGUGGUUAUGAGCCCCCUGCCAGUGAGUACGGGGCCCCUGCUAAUAAGUAUGAGCCACCUGCUGAAGAGUAUGGGCCCCCUGCUGAAGAGUAUGGCCCCCCUGGUAAUGAAUAUGAGGCCCCUGCUAAUGAGUAUGGGCCCCCUGCUGAAGAGUAUGGCCCCCCUGCUAGUGAAUAUGAGGCCCCUGCUAGUGAAUAUGGCGUCCCUGCUAACGAAUAUGAGCCGUCUCCAUAUGAUUACAGUCCCCCUGCUGAAGAGUAUGGUCCCCCUGCUGAAGAGUACGGGCCCCCUGCUAACGAAUAUGAUUACAGUCCACCAGCUGAGGAGUAUGGCCCACCUGCUCUUGAACAUGGCACCCCUGAGAAUGUAUAUGAGCCCCCUGAGGAAGAGUAUGGUUUCCUUCUAAUGGAUACCUUCCCCCACCUAAUAAGUAUGGCCCCCCUGAAGAAGAGUAUGGCUCCCCUGAAACUGAGUAUAGCUUCCCUGAAAUUGAGUACAGUUCCCCUGAUAAUGAGUAUGGUCCUCCUAUCAUUGAAUAUGGGACUCCGGAAAAUGAGUACGCCCCGCCUGAAGAAGAGUACGGUCCCCCUGAAAAUGAGUAUGCUGCCCCGGAAAAUGAGUAUGCUGCCCCGAAAAUGAAGAAUACAAUGACCUUGACCACUACAUCGCUAUUGUCACCUACCAGAGCACUCCUGCCCCUUCAUAUGACACCCCUGACCAGUCAUACAACACCCCUGCUCCAUCAUACAACACUGCUGCCCAGUCAUACACCACCCGUG